AUGUCGACGCCAACAGACAAGACCAUGAAGGCCGUGGUGUUCGACGGGCCGGGCAAGGUGUCGGUGCAGGACCGGCCGGUUCCGCAACGCAAAAACAUAGUCAAGAGCCCCAAGGAUGUCAUCGUCAAGGUGCACACCACGGCGCUGUGCGGAUCAGAACUGCACACAUACAGAGGCAUCCAGCCGUCUGAGCCGGGCAUCGUCAUGGGACACGAGUUCACAGGCAUCGUGGUCGAGGCCGGGAGCGAGGUCAAGGCUAUCAAGGUCGGCGACAGGGUCGUUGCGCCCUUCACCGCAUCAUGCGGAGAGUGCUUCUACUGCCAGAGCGGCUUCUCGGCGCGGUGCACGCAGUCGCAACUCUUCGGCUCGGCGGCGCUGGACGGCGGGCAGGCCGAGUACGUGCGGAUCCCGUUCGCCGACGGCACGGCCAUGGCGGCGCCUCCGGCGGGCGAGAUAGAGGACCGGACGCUGAUCCUCAUGGCCGACAUCUUCCCGACGGGCUACUUUGGCGCCAAGAACGCGUUUGGGCUGCUGCAUCCGCAGCCGGCCGGCGAGGCGACCGUCGUCGUGGUCGGCUGCGGGCCCGUCGGCCUGUGCGCCGUCAUCUCGGCCCUCGAGUAUCGGCCGCGGCACCUCUUCGCCGUCGACGGCGUCGAGUCGCGGCUAGCGCUGGCCGAGAAGCUCGGCGCCGAGCCGCUCAACUUCGCCGUCCUGGGCAAAGAGGGCAUGCUCAACAGGGUCAGGGAGGUGACGCAGGGCCGCGGUGCCGACGCCGUCAUUGAAGUCGUCGGGCUGAGCCCGGCCCUGAGGACGGCGUUUGACCUCCUGAGGCCGUUUGGCGUCAUCAGCAGCAUCGGCGUGCAUAAUGCAGAGAUACCUUGGAGCGGCGAAGAAGCGUACGGGAAAAACCUGACAUUACAGAUGGGCCGCUGCCCUGUACGGUCCAUUGCGUCGGAGGCAUUGCCGGUACUGGCGAGAAACCAGCAAAAGCUGAGCUUCAUGUUUGACAAGAUGAUGCGGCUUUCGGAGGCGGUCGAGGGCUAUGACUUGUUUGACAAGAUGAAGGUGCAAAAGGUGGUCUUUGAGCCGUGA